GUGGAAUUUUGGUACCCCAAGACUGCUACCACCCGGACAAACCAACCCACUUUGAGAAGAUGCCUGGGGGUCCAGGAUUCCUCAGAAUGCUACCUGCCACCAUCUUUGCCCUCUUACUGACUGCAGCCUGCCUGGGUCCUGGGUGCCAGGCCCUGUGGGUGCACGGGGGCCCGCCUUCAGUGACAGUGAGCACUGGGGAGGAGGCUCGGCUCUUCUGCCUGCACAAUGGCAGCAACCCCAACGUCACAUGGUGGCGCAUUCUCCAGAGCAACCAUUCAUGGCCCUCUAUGUUCUUGGGUCCGGGCCAAGGCGCCCAGGGCGAGUGGACCAUCUCGAAGGUGAACAAGAGCCACGGAGGCAUAUACCAGUGCCAGGUGGAAGACAAGGGAAUGUUGAGACACUCCUGUGGCACCUACCUCCGUGUGCGUGAGCCGGCCCCCAGGCCCUUCCUGGAUAUGGGAGAGGGCACCAAAAACCGCAUCAUCACAGCUGAAGGGAUCAUACUGCUGUUCUGUGCCGUGGUGCCGGGGACGCUGCUGCUGUUCAGGAAGCGCUGGCAGAAUGAGAAAUUUGGGAUGGAUGCUCAGGAUGACUAUGAAGAUGAAAACCUUUAUGAGGGCUUGAACCUGGAUGACUGUUCCAUGUAUGAGGACAUCUCCAGGGGACUCCAGGGCACCUACCAAGAUGUAGGCAGCCUGCACAUUGGGGAUGUCCAGCUGGAAAAGCCGUGACCACCAUCCCCAUCCUCUCUUGCUGCCCCUGGCUGCUGCCUGCUCAGCUCCAAGUCUGCCCUCCAUGCCUGUCCCUGGAAGUUCUCUUGUCUUUUCUUCCCCAGUAGCUAGUUUCCCCCCUGGACUGUCCCACUCCCCCCACCCCCAAGCCACCCCUCCCCUGGCUGUCUUUCCCAGGCUGUCUCCCCAGUGGGUAAUGAGCCCUUAAUCGCUGGGGAGGGAGCCCUUAAGAAGGCUGAUUGUUGCAGCCUCGUUAGUAUCUCCCCCCCCCCCCAGCCCUGUCAUGGCCACUUAGCAGUAAUAAAUCCUCUCCAACAGCA